GGGGCGGCCUAGCCUCCACACUCACCACCAAACAAUAUAUUACUGGCGAAAGUGUCACCAGUGAAGCGUUUUGCGUGUGUUAACCGGUUCUUCUCGUGACGGACGAUUAGUACCAACUGUGGGGGGAGUCAGUGCAUGGAUAGUGACAUGUAUGCUUGUUGUAGUGACAACAACGACGUUAAAUAACACUUGGGGAGGGUUACUCGCCGCCCUCUUCAGAGCAUCACCGUCGUGAUGGACAGCUCCUCUACCCCGAGGGUCGGGUCAGGAGGCGCACACAACACUUGUCUCAAGUCAUUCUGACAGCUCUCAGAAGCGAGAGUAGGAAUUAGAAUUGACGGGGCCAGAGGACUAUAGUUCUUAAAUUGGACGUCACAGGUUGUUUGCGCCGGCAAGAUGGUACUACAGAACCUCAAGCUGUACCGCCUCCAGAGGCUAAACACCUUUCAGCGUCUGAACUUCAUGGCCAUACAGGAUCCAAUCCCCGAACACAAAGAAAGAUGUUGCAUAUAUCACAGCGGGAACAUCAGACGGGGAGCGUGGUCGUGUGAGGCACAGCCGAGCCUUGGGGGUAGUCGCGUCUCUCGUAGCUUUGUUAAGAAAAAGUUGAUUGAGACAGACUCCAAGUCCCUCAACUCACUCUCCACACAGUCUGUGGGGUCGGCCCCUGGCGCUGGUCACUCACGCAAGUCUUCGGACACUUCCCAGAUCUCUGUGGCUUCAGGAGGUUCAAGUGGGUCUUCAGGAGGAGGCUCAACUGGGGGAUCACAACUACAGGAUCCAGAAGAGGAUCUAUGGGGGCUAUGGGGACGGCUAGUCAACGAUUGGGAAACAUGGAACAAAAAGAAGAGCAUGCAGAUGAAGGAGUUGGUACGUAAAGGUAUCCCCCAUCAUUUCCGAGGGAUCACUUGGCAGCUUCUUUGCUCAGCACACAACUCUCCAGAGAAAGCCAAAUAUGCAGAAUACCUCAGAACUACAUCAGCGUGUGAGAAGGUAAUUCGUCGGGACAUUGCUCGCACUUAUCCUGAGCAUGACUUUUUCAAGGAGAAGGAUGGUUUGGGACAAGAGAGUCUGUUUAAUGUUAUGAAAGCAUACUCCCUGCAUGACCGAGAAGUUGGUUACUGCCAAGGUUCUGCUUUCAUUGUUGGACUUCUACUGAUGCAGAUGCCAGAGGAGGAAGCCUUUGCCGUUUUAGUCAAACUAAUGCAGGACUACCGGAUGCGCGAGAUGUUCAAACCCUCGAUGGCAGAAUUGGGGCUGUGCAUGUACCAGUUGGAGUGUCUCAUCCAGGAACACUUACCAGACCUUCAUGCUCACUUUACCUCGCAGAGCUUUCACACAUCAAUGUACGCUUCAUCAUGGUUCUUGACGUUGUUCUCCACCACGCUGCCUCAGCCUCUUGCGUGCCGUGUAAUGGACUGCUUCUUGGUGGAUGGUUUAGAAGUUAUAUUCAGGACGGCCCUAGCCUGCCUCACACUAGGGAAAGAAGACCUCUUUUGUAUGGACAUGGAGGGAAUGCUCAAGUAUUUUCAACGAGAUUUGCCAGCUAAGUUUGAAGGCGAUCCUGAAGGCUACUUUUCUCUGGCAUACUCUCUACGGUAUAAUGUUAAGAAAAUGAAGAAAAUGGAGAAGGAAUACACAGCAAUGAAGACUAAAGAGCAAGAGGAAUUGGUUGAGCUAAAAAGACUACGGACAGAAAAUAGAUUACUCCGUCAAAGAAUAGACUGUUUGGAGGCGGAAUCUUCUGCUCUUGCUGACAGACUCAUCCAGGGUCAAGUAUCACGAGCUGAGGAGGCAGAACAUAAUUUUGCCAUUAAGCGAGAGCUUGCCGCUCUGAGGCAACAUGAUGGGGAAACGAUGGAAGCUUUAAUGGAUGCUCGAGAUAAGAUCCGGAAAUUAACUGGAAUGAUCGAAGAGAAUUGCUCGUCUCGUGAGUCAUCUCUAGCAGAACUUAUGGUCAAAGAGGAGGAACUAAGACAAAAGGAAGAGUUGGUUAAAUGUCUUCAAGAGGAGCUAGUUCAGGUUAGAUUGAAAACAGCCGAGGCCGAGGCAACUAUUAGAGAUCUUAGAGCCAGGAUCCAGGAGCUAGAAGAGGAGCAAAAGAAAUUGAGAGAGGCAACUCCAGAACAUUCUGUAGCUCAUUUACAAGAGGAAUUGAUUGCCGUACGAUUAAGGGAGGCAGAAGCCAACUUGGCCCUCAAAGACCUGAGACACAGAGUUCAAGAAUUAACACAACUUUGGACAAAGCAUGUUCAGGAUCAGCAUGGAGACAAGAGCGAGGCAGCCAAGCCAGACGUAACGAGCACACCAAGCAAAAAGCUUGGUCUCUUCUGGGACAGGUCACAUGAAGCUGCCAAGCUGGAGGAGGAGCUCAUGACCACCAAAUUACAUGAGACUGCUGCUGUGGCAGAGCUCAAGGAGGCCAGAUUAAAGGUUAUGGAGCUUGAAACGGCAGUACAAGUGUCAACUAACCAGAUGAAGCGGCAAGAGGAGGAGAACAAGCGGUUGCAAGAAGCUCUGGAUGCUGCCGAGGCCAAUAUUCGCACAAUGCAGUCUCAGCUGGGUGAUCACAAGAGAAAAUACACUGACCUCGAAAGCCAGAUGAAGGAGGAAAAGAUGCUGGCAAGAAUUCGUGAAGCCGAGAAAUCUCAGAGCUUAGCUGAGCUCACACAGAAAAUAUCCUCAUUAGAAUAUAAGAACCAGGAAUUGGUCACAGAAGGUGAAGUGUCUCGGGUUGGUGGCAGUGACAGUGAUCAAGUUCCCCGACUCCAAGAUAAGGUGGCUGAACUUCAGUCAGAGAUUGCACGUCUUACUGCAAUCAAUCGGCGGCUGACGCGAACUGUAAGCAUGCAGAGGCUGGACUUUACAAGUGGACCAGAAUCUGAUAUUGAGGACACAGAAGAUUAUAGAUUGUGCUUAGAAGAUUCGGAUUCAUCGCCAAAGAAAUAUGACUAUUCAAUUAAAGGGGAAAAUGGAGUAGUUGAGCACUCAAGAGAUGAAAGAGUAAGAAUACCUUCUACUGGCAGUGAUAGAUCAACACCCUCACCCUCUCGGGAAACUGCAAACAGAAAAACGUCACAAACUCUUGCUGAUGCAUUCCUUGAGCAGUUACCAGAAGUCAGAAAUUGGGAUGAUGCAUAUCAAAAUGGCUCUGCAACUUGUGAAGAGAGAGAAGCAUACUAGUGAUCAUGUUGUGAACUUGUGCAAGUUGGUAUAAGGUGAUUGCUAAUGAUAUGCAACUAAUGAAAUGGACAGCUUUAAAAUAUGAAGUAGAUAUAAGAACAUUUUUAUUAAUGUACAUAAAAUUGGGAAAGAAGUCGUUGAAUUGUGUGUACAUUUCUAUGAUGCAGAAAAGUCCUUACACGUGGGACACUAGAGAUGAUAAGUUGUCGUGUGUUAUUGGGUAUUUGGCACUCUUAAGGCUAGCUCAUCCAUUUUACUCUGUAGACCACAUCAAUUUCAUGUGAAUUUGAGUGUAUUUAUACUUUCAUAUAACCAGUAUGAGAUUUCUAUUCAAAUUAUUUAAUUGCAAUUUUGUUCAAAAUUGGGCAAAAUAAUAUAUUAGUAACGUUUGGAGAUUCAACCUCACUGAUACCAAAUAAAGCCUACUAAUUGACGCUGAAGGUUCUUGACAGGUGGCUUAAACAGUUUGUGUGAGGUUGUAUGCAAAACGGUUAUUUUUUUUUAUGUGGAGUAACCAGCAAAUAAUACGUUGUUGGUUACCUGACCUAGUAUGUCUUGAUUAUGUAGCAGUGUCCACAAUAUACCAAUUACCCAGGAUACUAGUAUCUUGGGUUUUAUAGCUCAUUUUGAUAAAGAAGUGCAAAUGAGAAUUGCACUGACUCUGGAAAAGUAGAAUUAAGGUAUUGAACUGUAGAUUAGAAGUUUGUUUAAAUGGGCUAUUGAGAUUUGUUCCAGGAUUGAGACAUGACAGAAUACCAGAAUGUAGCAAUAGGACAUGCUUCACAGGUAUCUAUAGGCACAAUCAAUGUAAAGCUGUGAUGUUUUCCUUGAGCCUUCACUUCUCUUGGGAGAAGGUGGGUUAACGAAACCAAAACAAAGAUAUAUAUUUAUUUAUUUUAGGUUUCCUUUUAUAUGUACUUACAUUAUGUGUAUAUAUAUAUAUAUAUACUGUACUAGAUAACAGCUGAUUUACUCAAUCUCUUAUUUCUGGUUAUUGUAUAUUUUCAACGAUUUUGUAUUUUUACUUAAUGUCAUACUACGUACAUCCUUAUUAAAGUGUCUUCCUUAAAAUCAUGGAUGGGAGUGACAAUCACAAGGUGCAGUCCAUUUAAUUUUUGCUAUGACUUUCAUAACUUUUGGCAUAUAAAUAUAUAUGUAUAUUAUAUAUGUAUUAUAUAUAAUAUAUAUUUAUAUAUAUUUAUAUAUAUAUUAUACAGUAUAUUUAUUUAUAAAUAUUUAUAUAUAUAUUUAUUUAUAAAUAUUUUACUAUGCUGCAAAAUUCUUAUUUCCACCUUUUAAAACUAACUUAUAACUGUCCCAAAGGUGCUACAUUUGCUCCUGUGAUUGUGGUUUUGUCUUGCUUUAAAAUUGCUCAUACACCAACUAGAUUCAGGUCAUUUUUAUAUAUAUAUAAUAUGUUUGCAAGAGUUUAUUGAUAUUAAUGCAAAACAGUUAAUGUAAAUGCUCUAAAGCAAUUUGAGACCCCUCCCUCCCUCCCAUAUGCUUCAAAAAGGAUUGCUCCUGUAUGUAUGUGGCUUAUUGUUUAUUAUUCACUCACUGUUACAGCUGUUAUUUGCAAGCAUACUAGAUCUGUACACACAGGCACCCGUCACUUAGUAAUAGAAUUUAUUCAAUACUCAAUAUUUCGAUACUUACAAAUAUCUUAUAGGAAGAAAUUUGCACCUACUGUGUUGGUAUCAUCAAUAGUAACAAAUUUCAAGAUGUGAACUAUGUUCAUGGUAACGUCAGGAGGUGGUGGUGGUGGUACUACUACUACUAUUACUCCUACUACAAAACUUUGAUAUUGAAUGUUAUUAUUAAGUUCACUAAUGAGGGAAGGACGUGUGAAUAUUUAAUCUGGGAUAAUGACAUUCCAGUGUGAAGUUUAUCUUUAACACCAAUGAUACUUCAAUAAAAUAAACAUCACUAAGAGAG